AUGGUUAAGAAAAGCAAGCUCAAGUCAGCUCUUCUUGCUGAGAAGGGAAUUGAUUUGAAGAAGUUACAGUUAAAGAAGAAAGAAAAGAUUGCAAAAAAGGCGAGGGCAAAAAAAAAUGAGUGUACAAAACCUUUGGAAGUAGCCAUGGUAACGGAUGGUCAAAAUGACAACCUCAGCUCACAGAAAGAACCAGAGAAGACCAUAAAAGAGCCUGAUGUUGAUAAUGAUGAAAGUAAUGGAGAAAGUAGUUGUGAGGAAGAUGAAAACCCGUCUAAGUUCUCGCUGACAUUAAUCCAGGUCGACUUGGAAGCUAUUGACGAGAGUGAAAGCGACUCGUCGAAUGGUGAAGAAGAGGAUGACGAAGAUAUACCAGUUUCCGAUCUCGAGGACUUAGAUGAUGAUGAAAGAGAAGAUAUCAUUCCACACCAGCGCUUAACAAUAGAUAAUAUUGUGGCACUAACUUCUGCGCUCAAGCGGAUCGCAGUAACAACGCCCAAGUUGCAAUUCUCUGAACACUUAUCUAUAACUACAUCUACUCCAGUCUCCAUUCCAGACGUCUCUGACGAUCUUAAUCGCGAACUAGCAUUCUAUUCUCAGUGUCUCUCAGCGGCUCAAGAAGCUCGAAAGCUCUUGAAAUGUGAAGGAAUACCAUUCUCAAGGCCAAAAGAUUAUUUUGCUGAAAUGGUCAAGGCCGACGAGCACAUGGCAAAAAUUAAAUCAAAGUUGAUUGACGAAGCUGCUAGCAAGAAAGCAAGUGCUGAAGCAAGGAAACAACGAGAUCUAAAAAAGUUCGGCAAGCAAGUACAGGUAGCCAAAUUGCAGGAACGCGACAAAGAGCGCAAGCAGACUUUGGAAAAAAUCAAAGUACUGAAAAGGAAACGCCAAGGCGCUGAAGCAGAGACCACGAAUGAAGCAGACUUGUUUGAUGUAGCGAUUGAUGAAGAGAUUGGGACAUCCAAACCAUCCAGGAAAGAUCGACCUGUAAUAAAUAAGCGGCAAAAAAAGGAUGAAAAAUUUGGAUUUGGUGGAAAGAAAAAAUUCAAAAAGAGUGGUGAUGCGAUAAGUAGCGGGGAUCUAAAGAAAUUUUCGAGCAAAAAAAUGAAGUCAGAUCCAAAGAGUAGACCUGGGAAAUCUCGGCGAGCGAGCAAAAGGUAA